CCUCCUCCUCCCGUGAUGUGGGAAAGUACGCGAAGCAAAGCAAAGCAAAGCAGGGCAGAAAGCUAUGGUUCUGUUGUUGUAAGACCAAGAUUAGCGAUUGAGUUUAUAUUUCAGUGUUGUUGACUUGGGUGUGAUAGCUUGCUAACGUCAAUGUUAGCAGCUAGCCUGUACGUGUAAAUGCUUUGCACUAGCAUGGACCUGUUGAACUCUCAGUUCCUGGACAAGAUGAACAAUAACAUCGGGAGACUCCACUUCGACGAUGAGUCCAGGAUCCACUCCCUGUCUGCUGCUGUGUCCACCCUAACUGGGCCUUCCCCACACUGCCCCAACAAACGGAAGUAUGGGGGCGAACAAAUGGAGAACAGACUCAACUGUGAUGGCGACCAAAUGACCAAAACGAGCCGAAUGUUUGCCUCUCGUCUGGCACAUCCGUCUGCUGGAGACAACCGCAACGAGCACUGGAGCUUCAGCCACAGCCCUGUGGAGCAUAUUACUUCUUCCUCUAAUGGGAUCCAUGGGAACAACCCAUAUGCAUCCAUUUCUGGCUACACUAUAGAGCAGCCUCUGGCUCUGACCAAAAGCUACAGUGAUGCUGAAGUGUCGAGGGCCGUCCUAAGUGGAGCCACGGAGCGGCAGCAGAAUCGGCCCUCAGUCAUCACGUGUGCUCCAGCAAGUAACCGUAAUUGUAACCUCUCACACUGCCACAUGAAUGGCUGCCCUCCCACUCCACCUGAUGAUCAAAGAAAGGCUAAUGCCAAGACGGUGUGCGACCCUGUUAUCGAGGAGCACUUCCGUCGCAGCCUUGGAGAAAACUACAAAGAAGCUGAGGCUGUGGCCAAUUCGGUGUCCAUCACCGGUUCUGUGGAUGACCACUUUGCAAAGGCACUGGGUGACGCCUGGCUUCAGAUCCAGGCCAGGGGGGCGGGCCACCAAGCUCCAGAGGACGACCCAUAAGUUUCAGUCGAAAUGUAUUAUUUUUUUAAUUUUUUUUCUGAUUUUGUUGCACGUGAGAGUGGAAAAUUCCUCUUCUCACUUCUCGCCAAGAAUCAACUUCUCUUAGCCAAGAACAGUAAAAGGCACAUGGCGCUCACAUGGGUGGUUCUUCUCUGGACCUCAAGGUCAAUCUGUUAAAACGUUCAGCUCAUUUUUCUUUUUUUCUUUUUUUUUUUCAUUUAAAAAUAAUGACUUCAUUUCAAAUCUUUUGCUAAUUGUGGGAAAAUGUGUAUUCAUACUGUAAAUUUCAGAAUAGAGAUUCCCAAAGUUGCCAGCUGUCCGCACGACAACUUCUCUUUCACCUGCCUGUCACCUGCUUUAAUAGCCAAAGACCUCCGCUGCCGUUCUCCAUCCGCCUGUAAGCCAUAAAUCCAUCCUUUCAUAGUCACUCUAGGAUCACACUGCUUUCCAAUCAAUAUUACUUGAAAAUGACAGCUAUGUCUCUUUUGCACUAUUGUGUUCUUGACCUUUUGGGGUAGCAGGUUCCCCCGCUGGAAGUGAUAUGUGCAACGAUGCGUUUUGAGAUUUAUCGGAAGAUCGCGGCCUUGUUGCUUUCAGAAAACACUAGUUUAAACCGUCGUUUCUAAGAUGGCGACCCGGAUUUAUCCGCUGUUUAAUAACCCAAGUUCGCUUGUACACUCACUACGUCUAAUUCCACUAAUAUCAAUCCUAGUCGAACUUUAACUAGAAAGCCUGUUUCAAAUAGCUGGUUUCUAUUACGAACUUUAUCCUUUACCGUGUAUUUAGCCAGAUUUUUAUUUUUAUCUGUAAUAUUUUAGAAAUAGUCACUGCUGGUACAGUUGUACUCCUUGUAUUUUUUUGUAUCUGGUUUCCAUGACUCUGUUUAGGUGCAUAUCUUAGCAUCCAUCUACAGAUCCCAGCCUCUGGCCAGGCUGUCUUUUUGCAGUUUCACCUGCUGCGUUUAAUCUUGCGACUCUGCGGAGCUGGAUGUUGUCGCUUAACACAUGACUGAAUACAACUGAAUCUACGUCUUUGUAUCAUAGUUGAUAAGCAGUGACUUUAUUUAUUCUCCACGUGUUGAUUUAUGAUGUGAAAGUUUUGCUUUGGAGAGGAUUCCUCAGCUACUUUUGUUAACAAAGAAGUUGAUUUCACUUUGCAAUAUUAAUACAAAACAUAAAUAGUCUUAGUUGUUUUUUUUUUUUUUUACUUGGCAGACAUAUUCCACCACUGCUGUUUUGAUUUUUAGCAGUCUCAUUAGUUGUUUAGCGAGCACCGUUACAAUAUUUUAUGUUGUUCCCUCCUUAGAUCUAAAUGCCUUUAAUGUUGCCAAAUUUCUUAAUUAAACAUAGAGGGCUUAAGAGACCAAAUUCCUGAUGCAGUUCAGGUUGAUAAAAUCUGGAAACAUUUAAUGUGUUUUGCCAAAGUCUUCUUACCCUUCCAACGUUUUCACAUUUUCUUAUAUUAAAACCAGACUUGUUUAUGGAUUAAAAUGGAUUGCAAUGUGGUAAAAAACAAAAAAGUAGUUUAAAAUUGUGGAAGGAAAAUGGUGUUUUCUAAAAAAAAAAAAAAAAAAAAAAA